CUCCAGAAGUUCCAGCAGAAGGCUCUGAAACAAACUAAGCAGAAGAAAUCCAAGUCGGCUGAAUUUCUGAUGGGAGAAGAUGGGAGAGUUGCAGCAGAAGGCAUUGCGAAUCCAGCUUUUAACAUCAGCAGCACAGAUCUUUCAGCAUAUCAGACUUCAGAGGAGGAAGUUAUUAGACGUGACAAGCCGGGUAGCACCCUUGCAGCUCACCAACAAAAACUCAGGCUGCAAGCCCGAGCUGAACCAAGAGGAAAUGAAUGCAGCAGAAAUUACUUUGACCCUCUGAUGGAUGAGGAAAUAAACCCAAGGCAGUGUGGGAUGGAGGUCAGCAAAGAAGUGCCUGUGAAGUUGGAUGAGAAACUCCUCUAUGACAAACUGAUGACACUUCUAGAUGAAGAGAAUAGAAUUCUGGUGUCACAUGGUAAACAAAAACCAGAUGAAGACGCUUUAGAUUCUGCGUGGCCUGCUGGCUUUACCAAGACAAGUGGACUUUGUGAGGAAGGUGAUGAUGAAGACACACUCCCUUACAUCGAGCAGUUUGAGAAGAGUGUUCAAGAUGAGAUUAUUCUCCUUGACAACUUUCCACUGAAACAGGGUUUAAAACAUAAAGGCAUUUUCCAGCGCACACAAGAGUUCAGAAGGCGGCUUCCUAAAAUCUUUCAAAGCAUGGAAGAAAGUCGGGCGUUGAAAGCAGCACCGAAUGAAGGAACUGCAGCCAAGUCUAGUAACCUUGCAGGACUGAAUAAUGGAUCUAAUGGAGCAGCAGGUCUUUGCUGGGAGAUUGACUGGUCUCAAAGACCUCAGCCCAUUCAGAUCCAGCUGAAAUGCUUACGUGGUGUUAAAGACAAAGUGCCACAAGGCAGCUAUGUUCUCAAGGUUUCCCUCCGCGGACAGCUUGGUGGUAAAGUGCUUGACUGGUCUAAAGCAGAAGGUCAGCAGUGGGCUGGAACCACACUGCCCGUCAGACACCAUGGGAAUUUCUAUGAUGUGGAGAUCUGUUUUCACCAAAGUGUACACACAGAUGUUCCAGCCAGAAAGGAUGGGAAGCCUGGGGAGAUACUUCUGUUUGAACUCUUUCUCCUUCGUGGGACCAAUACUUGCAUUGACCGAGUUGUGGGCUGGGGAGCAUUUCCUUUGUGUAAUAAUAAUUUGGAUACAGUGGAUGGGAAGUUUAAAUGUCCUUUCCUCAGAGGCCACUACAACUCUCAAAUUGAUAGGUUCCAAAAAAUUGAAAAAUGGAUUUCUUCUGACUUGGAUCACUGGUUGUGCAACCUCUAUUUCCAGAUAAUUAAACUACCGCGGUAUUCAGAUGAGCAGAAAAAAUACGAGGCAGCCCUACAGCUCUCUUCAGACCUUGUAUAUUCAAGCAUUGCUGAGAAGGAUAGAGUCUUGAAGAAGGAAACAACAGGCGGACUACAAGAUAAUGGACUAAAAAGUUCAUGCCUACCAUACUGCCAAUCAAGAUCUUCUUUGGCCUCACUUCAAGGAAAUGAGCCAUAUCCAAUCAACUCUGGUUCAUCUGAUAAGAAUUGUGAUCUGGUCCCAGUGAAGGAAGCUCAUGGUAUAUAUAGCAAGAUGAACCAGAAUGAUCCGAGCAACGUGUGUGGCCAAGGAAGUCCUGGGACUGGACUAGACGAACCAGCUUUCCGUGUAACAUCUUAUCUGGAGGAGUUAGAGAAACACAGAUUCUCCGUAUGCUGCCACCCUGCGGUUGAAACAAGUGUGUCCACAAGCAUCACAAAGCACCUCUACUUUGGUGUAUAUGCCAUCUUUUCUGAACUUGGAAGGGGACACUGGUAUUCCUGGGACCUGUGGUCCAUUAUGCUGCUAGUGGUUUUGCUCUGGUUUGCCCGACUGUAUCUUCAUUAUUUCAGCCAGUGGGUCUUACUUCACGCUAUUUCAGUUCCUGUCACGAAGUAA